AUGGGCGCUUCUGUCUUCAAGAACAUGGGCCUAAAGCAACCCUUCAUGGAGGUGAAGAUAUUGGAGAACCUAAAGCGUUCCCAGAGGGACUCAGCCCUGGACUGUGAUGAGGAGUCCUCAGAGACGCUGUGUUGCCGCUACCCCCUCACCGUCGACUUUGAGGCCUUUGGCUGGGACUGGAUCAUUGCCCCCAAACGCUACAAGGCCAACUACUGUUCUGGAGAGUGUGAGUACAUGCACCUCCAGAAGUACCCCCACACUCACCUGGUGAACAAGGCUAAUGCCCGGGGUACCACAGGGCCCUGUUGUACUCCAACUAAGAUGUCCCCCAUGCUCUACUUCAACCGCAUGGAGCAGAUCAUUUAUGGGAAGAUACCAUCUAUGGUGGUGGACCACUGUGGCUGCUCCUGGGAGGGAGGAUGA